UCAAUUAUUGUGCGCGCAUAUUUUUUAUUAAGAACGUGAAAGCGGUACAACAAAUAACCCCGUUCAAUUAGAAUUCGCGCCUGACGGAGGAAUAAAUUAUUCAUUUGCAACUGAGCGGCAGCUACAACUACAAACUUGUAUGCGUGCCAUUGUGGCAGCAACUAGAUGGUUGAAGUAAAGAUACGGAAACGCAGCGCUUGCGUCAUUGUAUUAGGCGAUAUCGGACGCAGUCCACGUAUGCAAUACCAUGCCCAGAGCUUGCUCGAAGACAACUACAAUGUGGAUAUUAUUGGCUACUUGGAGAGCCGGCCACUGGACGCAUUGACAGUAGCGCAACCUAAGUGCAAAAUACACGAACUGCCUCCCGUGCCGGUCACGAAUCUAACGCCCAAGCUGAAACUGCUUUUUAAAGCUAUCUGGCAAACAUUGAGCCUGUUGAUUGCUUUGAUUUCCAUCAGACGCCCCAAUUUCCUGCUUGUGCAGAAUCCGCCUGGGAUUCCAACGUUAGUCGUGUGUUAUUUGUAUUGUGCAGUGACACGCACCAAAUUGGCCAUCGAUUGGCACAAUUAUACGUACACGGUGUUGGCCCUGGGAAUGCCGGGCGGCGAACAAAACCGCCUGAGUCGCCUGACUAAGCGUUUAGAGCGUUAUUUUGGAGCCAAGGCCCACACCAAUUUCUGCGUGACACAGGCAAUGAAGAGAGAUUUGGAACACAAUUGGCAAAUUGGUCCGGUGACCGUGCUCUACGAUCGUGCCCCAUCACAAUUUCAUCCCAUUGAACUGUCACAAAAGCACGACCUUUACAUGAAGCUCUCCAAAGACUAUCCACAAUUCAUGCCCGAGUGCUAUGCGGACCUCAAGGAGUCGGGCGUCGUGGAGUCCACGGCCCUGACGCAAAAACGAGCCAAUGGCUCAGUACUUUAUAAGCCCCAACGUCAAGCUAUUCUUGUCUCCAGUACCAGUUGGACGCCCGAUGAGGACUUUGGAAUUCUGCUUCGUGCCCUCAAAUCCUACGAAGCUGUCGCCGUAGAUCAGCCACAGGUGUACCCUUCUCUCUUGUGCAUUAUUACGGGCAAGGGCCCGCAAAAGGCGCAUUAUGAAGCGGAAAUAGCGAAACUACAGUGGAAGAAGGUUUCAAUCAUCACACCUUGGCUAGAACUGGAAGACUAUCCCGGUGUCUUAGCAAGCGCCGACUUGGGUGUGUGCCUGCACCUGAGCACCAGCGGCUUGGAUUUGCCUAUGAAGGUGGUAGAUAUGUUUGGAUGCGGUUUACCCGUAUGUGCCUACAAUUUCAAAUGUCUUGACGAGUUGGUGAAACACGGCGAAAAUGGUUUCGUGUUUAACGAUCACGACGAACUAGCGGAGCAAUUGAGAAUCUGGUUCGAGCAUUUUCCCACCAAUCCCAGCAUUCUCGAGACGCGCACGCGCUUUGGUCGCAAUCUUCAGGAAUUCCAAUCAUUGCGCUGGCGCGAAAAUUGGCGACAGCGUGUGGCACCCGUACUUGAAGCAUUUCUCUAAGCAUUAUUACAAAAUGACAGAAAUUUAUUUUUGAGUUAAUAAAAUCUAUGUGUAAACUAUA